AAUGAGAAGGAAACCAUGCAGGCUCUAAAUAACAGAUUGGCCUCCUACCUGGAGAGGGUCGGUUCACUGGAGCAGGAAAAUGAUCAGCUGGAGAGGAAUAUUCGAGAGUGGUAUGACAGAAAUCAACCCAGUGCUUUACCUGACUUCAGUAACUACUUCAGGACCAUUCGAGAGCUCCAGGGACAGAUCUCAGCCACCACUGUGGAAAAUGCCAGGAUUGUUCUUCAGAUAGACAAUGCUCGUCUGGCUGCUGACGACUUUAGAAGCAAAUAUGAGAUGGAACUCAGACUGGCGCAAAAUGCUGAGGCAGAUAUCAAUGGACUGCGUAGACUUCUAGAAGGACUAAAUGCGGACAUAUGUAACCUGGAAGGACAGGUUCAGAACCUUCAGGAAGAGCUUCAGCAGAUGAGGAGAAACCACGAAGAGGAGGUGAAUUCCCUGAGAGCUCAGCUGGGACAGAGAGUCAGCGUGGAAGUCGACGCUGCGCCAUCAGUUGAUCUGAACAGAUCCUUGUCUGAGAUCCGACAACAAUAUGAAGAGUUGAUGGAGAGGAACCUGAGGGAGGUCGAGAACAUGUUUAUGCAAAGGAGUGAAGAGCUGAAUCGCGAGGUGACGUUCGGUGCUGCGCAGCUACAGUCAGUCCAGACAGAAGUAAUAGAACUAAGGCGUACUAUUCAGACAUUAGAGAUCGAGCUACAGAGCCAACUCAGUAUGAAAUCCGCUCUGGAGGGCACCUUGGCAGAGACCGAAGCCACUUACAAUUCCCAGCUCUCCCAGUUACAAGGUCUGAUCAAUGCUGUGGAAUCCCAGCUGGCACAGAUCCGAUCUGACCUGGAGCAGCAGAACCACCAGUACAGGAUCCUCAUGGACCAGAAGACCCACCUGGAGAUGGAGAUCGCCACCUACAAACGCCUACUGGAAGGAAAUGACAUCCAGUAA